ACUCUGGUACAGAGUACAGACCGACAAGCCAAACGCCAAACAUAUAUAAACAUUGCCUUGCAAACUUUCGAGCCAGUCGUAGGAGGGAGCUCAUAUCGAAAACAUUUCAGAGUUCAGAAAUUUCGGAAGAAUCCGUCAAUUCAUAAAAGAGACCACCAUAUUCGUCUAUUUGUGGGACAUUUCACAGGUUCAUGUCAGUCAUGGAGCAGAAUGUCCCUUUUCCUUUUAUGAAGCUGGAUGCCAAUUCCUUAAUGGCUAUUGAUGAUGAUUCAGUCUGUGGAAAUUUUGACCUAGAUAUUGUGAAAGCUGCUCUAAAGUCUCAUGUAGAGCAGCGUCGUCGUGAUGAUGGCAAGGAAGAGCUGGAAAGGGCUGAUUUAUUUCUGGAUCCAAAAGAAGAAAAGCUAUCGAUUCAAGAUGUUCUUCGGAGGGAAAAGAGGAAAGAAUUGAACAGGGAGUCUGCAAGAAAGAGCAGGGAAAAAAAGCUGCAAGAGCAUAAUCAGUUACUAGAGGAUAUGAAAGCCCAUACUGAAAAAAAUCUUCAGCUUAAAGCAAAUGUUAAGAGCCUUGAGCAACAAAAAGAAAAAUUGCAAUUAGCUGUUUACAUUCUUGACAAUUGCUACCCGGCAGCAAAAGCUGGAAUGCAAGCUGUGGAUGAGGAUAACUCGUUUCUUGUUCAUUUACCUGAACUGGAAAGAACGAAUGAUUUCAACAUGAAGACGUAUGUGGAAGGGCUACUCAAAAAGAAAAGGAAUGACAACUCUGAGCUUGCUCUGGGCUUACUCCAAGAAGUUCUUGAACAGAAGGCUCCUGAUGAUAUCUCUGAGAGUAAUUGGAAUGAUACUGACUUGGACGAAAUUAAUAAGAUUAGGACUUUCUUGCAGAAUGAAACGAGUCAUGAAAAUACUAAUGUUCUUUGUUAUGGAAGUAGCAAUGAGCAGGCAGUUCAAAAUUCAUUUCCAACUUCAGUGGAUGUAUCAAGCAAUUUUACUGAAUUGUAUGAUACUGUUCCAGAACAAGCCAUUGUUCAAGUUCGUGAAAAUUCAGUUAUAAGUGAAUUUGAUCUUCUCUCACAGCAAGGUAGUUCAUAUUCACAAGUAGACCAAUUUGACCUUCUUGAAUUAGAGGGCAUUUCUGUGACUCCUACUCAAUCAAAUGUUGGCAUAACAAUGCUUCCUUCAACUUUUGUUAGAGAUGUAAGCCCCUUGGGAAGUGAUACUCCUCUACAUGCUCUACAUGACAUGGGUAUACCGAGGAAAAGAUUGUUGGAGGUUGCACACCCAUUGCCCACUGUGGAGAAUGGAAUCGAAAAAAUGACCCCGUAAUGACGAUAACAGUUUGCCUUCUUUCUAGAAGGCUUUAAGUAAACAUGAACAUAUUGAUUUUUGUUUGCUAUGAAUGUUAAGUGUUAGAAUUAAUACUGCUUCCUUGUAAAACAAAGGAAUAGACCUAUAAAUAAAUGUCAUGCUGUUUUUUUUUCCAAGUUUUGAGGGUUGCAUCCUAAGUCUUUACUUAGACUAUGAAGCUACAAGGAGAGUAAUUGGACAAAAAUGACUACAUAUAGAACUAUAGGGGUACCUCGGAUUCAUACCAUUUUUCUGCAUUUUUCAAAUAAAAUAAGUUAAUGGAAUUGAAGUUGUAGAGAUCUUUAGUUCAGGAAAAUUGUGGGUUUUUUAAAUCUCAAGAGUUUAUUUUAAGAUAUUGUAAAAGUUAUUACAACAAAUCAAGGAACAAGUACUCAUGUACAUGGUGGAACACCCUAAAUUCAGUAUACGAUACAUCUUUGGAUUUUCCUGGAAUCUACAAUAGACUUUACUACUAUCUUCAACUUAUUUCCAUUUUUACGUGAAAACUAUUUUCAGAGGAUGUAAGUUCAUUAAGGGGAGUAUUAUAAAGUAUUAAGUGUAUUGGAAAGGUUGUGGGUGGGAGUGAUCAGAAUUCAUUUUGUUUUAAUGUUUUCAAUCUCCUUGUGAUAUAAUGUAACAACUUAAGUUAAAAAUUUCUGUGACUUAUUUUCAUGGACAGUGUGAAGACUUCUGAUGCAGCCCUUAUCAUGUACAUAAUAUUUUCAUUUGUCAUAAGAACAAAUUUUUUUGGACUAUUUUAUUCUCCUGUUUGCUGUGUACUUUGCUAUUGUCAAUGUAUCCAGUGAUAUCGAACAUUUUUUAAUAACUACAGUGGAGUCCGUUUGAACAAAAAUCUGCAGGGCCACCGGAUUUUCUUCCUUUUAGCUGGAUUUUCAGUUGCUGAAAUAGCAAUGAUUGUCGACAGCAUAGAUUUGGGCAUGUCAUGUUUGCAGUUAGUUUCUUUUUUGAAAGUUUUUAUCUACCUCUUUCAGUAAUUGCUAUUUGAGCUACAGGCUGAACGCAUCAUAUUUUGCUUUCCUUUCGAUACUGUCGGCUUGCUUAAUCAGUCAAACAGUGACACAGAACAGAUGAAAGAGUAGAUUAAGAUGUGAGAAAGAAAGCCCUAUCUAUGCCAGUGACGUCAUGAAACACAUUACUUGCCAUCACAUGCUCAUAAUAGGCCUAUAUAGGACCCAUGUGAACCCUCUUUGCACAGGCAGUGGUGCAUGCCCAACUGAAGGUCCGCACGGCAGAUGUUCAUUUGCUAUCCUUGUGUCACUUGGCCUACACACACUGUGUAGGCCUAACAAUGUGCUUGAUACCAUGUAGGCAAAUGGUACACUGCCGUAAGCUGACAAAACGCCUUUUUUUAUUCACACCAAUUUCGAGAUAUAGAGGCUUCUUGUCAGCAUAACUAUUUUUAAAAAACAUUCUAUCAAAAUUUGAAUUCUAAUUUAUUUUUUAAAAACUAGCCACAGUUUUAAUUUGAUUGUUUCACAAAAGUAGAGUAAUUGAUCUGGCUUUUCAUUUAGUAAAUUUGAAAAUUUGGCGCCAAAAAUGAAAAAAACCAUUUUGACAGCUUACAACUGUACACUGGUGAUGCCUCUCUCUGGCCUGCAAUGGAAAGACUUGCAUUUUCGUGUAUCUUUCUUCUGUUUCACUGUCUUUAAGUGCAUAUGACUCGAUGGUUUGCAUUACUUGAGGGUUGUUAGUGAAGAUUUUGAUGACAUAACCCUCGAAAUUCUUUUCAGUUUAGUAAUGGGAGCAUUUCUGCUAAUCGGUAGUUCUCUUAUAAAGACAAAGAAGGAAGAAAAAAAGCAGAGAUUUAUUUUCUUUCGUCUUUUCACUGUUUUUGGAUUAACUUAAUCCAGUUUAAGAGGACUCCACAGUACAAAUAAUGCCUAUUAAAAUUAUAAGCAAUGUAUCA